CAAAUGGCUUUUCCAAAAGCCAAAGCUCAAUUUCAUGCCCGCUCUAUCAGCUUGCCCUCUAGACCGCAUCCUCUCACCGCUAAAGUCGAUGAGCAGCUGUGCAGAUUAAGGGCUUCGCAACCAUCAUCGUCAUCUUCCUCUUUCUCCUUAUCGUCGCUGUCAUCACUGUUGGGUGGCCUUGAAGGCUUGUACCAUGGGAUUGACGAUUUGCUUCAGCUACCACUCGCUCAACAAGCCAUGACCCAUGCUAAGUGGGCCGAUGAGGUGUUGGCGGAUGGAUCCCUCUGGCUGUUGGAUGUGUGUAGUAGUACAAGGGGUGUUCUUCUGCAGAUGAAGGAAUCCGUCCAAGAGCUUCAGUCAUCCCUCCGUAGAAGAAGAAGAAGAAGAAGAGAUUAUUAUUCUGCUCUAGCCCAGGAUGUCAACGCAUACUUGCUGUCGAGAAAGAAGCUGAUUAAGGAGACCCGCAAGAGUCUUGCAGAAUUGAAGAGAACCCAGAACAAGUGUGGCUUCUCCUCUCUCCUAGACAAAGACCGCCAUGACCUUGUCGCCAUUGUUCGUGUGCUUAGAGAAGUGGAAUCAAUCACACUCUCCGUGUUUGAAAGUCUCAUGGCCUCUAUGUCUAGCCAAGCAGCUGGAGGUUGGUCUGUUGUUUCUAAGAUAUUAAUGCCCACCAAACGUGUGCAAGCAGAGCAAGACAAUGAUCAAAACAUGUGUGAAAUGGAGAAGUUAGACUUUGCUCUGAGUAACCUCAUUCGCCACAAGACAGACAAAUGCAUCAUUCCAGUAGUCCAAAAUGCACAGAAAGGAUUGGAGGGACUGGAGUUGUGCAUCCAGGGCCUGGAAGAUGGAUUGGAAUGCGUUUUUCGGGGUUUAAUCAAAAUAAGAGUUUCCCUCCUCAACAUCCUCAACCACUGAUAGACAAGCCUUCGGGGAUCCUUCCAAAUACUCAUACAAUAUAGUCUUUACUCUUUCUCUCUCUUUCUCUUUGGCAUUCUGUGUUUUUCAAGGGAAUAGCCGAUGGAUUUCACUUGUAACCUCUUUGUACAUGAAAUCAA